AUGGAAAAAGAGAGACCCCGCACCGCCACAGUUCGCGCACUGAUUCCAGCGUUGCAUUUAAUUGAAAGUGUGUUCUUGGACUUUACAGAACAUAACGUCACUGAGAUUUUCAAACCAGCUGUGCAUGUCGGGGCAAAACAAGAGCUUAAACAAUAUCAAAGACUGCAGAAAAAUGACGGAGUUCCUGCACUGGAUCGUAUACAGUGGGACAACAUGAACGGCCAAUUCAGUCAGGAAGGGUUAAUGCGCCUGAGUCCCGAUGGAGAAAUAGCGGUGCCACACGACGGAAUUUACUUCGUUUUCUCUCAGGUUAAUUUCGAAACACAGUUAGGACAGAUUAUGCACUUUACGCAGUACUUAUACAAGACGACAGCAUCCUAUCCACGACCAGUGAUGCUCGCAAAAUCUGUAGUGACUCCCUGCGUGAGCGUAAGCUCUAGUGUACAGCUUUAUUCCAGCCAUCAGGGGGCGCUGUUCCGCUUAGAAAAGGGCGACAGGCUCUCCUUGUACGUGCAGAAUAUAAGCGCUGUGCGUUUCCCACAGGAAGCCACUUACUUCGGGGCAUUCAUGAUUAACUAAGCAAAACAGCAGCAUUUUGUUUCAGAUGAUUUCUUACAGAGAUGUUAUAUUUGUCAUUUGUUUUCCAGAUAUAUAUUAAUACAAUGUAUGUAUACUGAGAUGAUGAAUAACAUUUUUAUCCACAUCAAGACUAAAUAACUGUUGUUGUUUUAAUGCAGUGUUUAUUGUAAACUAGGUAAAGCCCUUUGUAUACUGAAAUUACAAAUGACAGUUUAUUUUACUGACAUCAAGACUAAAUACAAUUUUUUACAUUUA